AACAAUUUAUGUUUUGGUUGUCGCGCCUAUCAUAAAACGCGGAUAUUUCAAAUGAAACCCAAAACAAAUUCUGUGAAAUUUGCCAAACAAAUUGAGGGAUCGAGUGCAACACACACUUAAGCAAACACAUGCACACACACAUGCAUAGGUUUAUGGCUGCUGUAAAUGGACCCACAAAUUGAUCUGUCAGCGGCCAUUUAAUUGGACAGAAUACCUGUGCCAGGACCUUUAUGUCCAGCCUGUCAGUUACCUGUGCGGGCCAGUGUUUAUUUACUUGCGUGUUGCACUGUUUGUUGUGCCUGUUGUACAUGUGUCAACACACACCCAUAUAUACGCACACACACCUGAUUAUCACCUGCAGUACUGUGGAAAUUUUGCGCCCUGACGAGUGCGCAGCGAGAGAGACGAGCUGAGAGCGAGAGCUGCUGAUCCUGCCCACAUAAACACAUAUCAGUGUGUGUGUGUGUAAGUGUGUGUGUGUUGCCAUUUGAGGGUGCGGGCCGUGUGUUGCGUGAGGGUGAGAGCGGCUCGAGCUCUUUCCCAUAUCCAUAACCAUAUCCACAUUCACAUGUGAAGCGUAUUCCCGACAUGCUGCGCAUUUAUUUGCAUUGCUUUGAAUCAGUUUGUGGCAAACCCUCGACGCGUACGCGCACUUUUGCAGAUCCCAGCGAAGCCAGAGCCCAGAACGUAGAACCCGUGUGUGUACAUGUGUGUGCGUGAUCUUCCGUGCUUGUGUGUGUCUUUUGUUCGCACACCUGAAGAACGAAUAUAAUAAUAAUAAUAAUAGAAAACAAAAAACACAUGUGAAAUACAAUAGUAAAACACGCAUAUCUAAUUUCAACUACCUUAUUUGUGUUCACAGUUAAAAGCAAGCGAAAUGUUAUCGACAUAUAAAAACUGUGUUAAUAUUAUAAUUAACUGAGCCAAGUAAAUGAAAUGCAAAUAUAUGCGUAAAUAAAUAUAAACAGCAUAAGAAUUUGGAAAGGAUAUUGCAGAGCAUAAAUCUACAGAUAAGAGAACGUGGAUGCUAUCUAGCGUCUUGCAGCAGCUUUGAGGUGCGACACGUGACUUUUUGGGGGUGAGCGCAGCUGUAGGUGUGCGGGGCAUGUUAAAGGACGCCGAGGAGCUGAUAAAACGCUGCAAACUGACGUCGCUGCCGCUGGCGCUGCAUAUGAACGAGUUCGGCCGCCAGGUGGCGCCAGCGCCGCUUGCGUUGCCGCUGCUAGCAAAGCCGCCUACAACGCCUCCGGGCAUGGGCACGGGCACGAACGGAGCGGGCGCGGAUCAUCAUCAGCAUCAUACGCAUCAUCAGAUGCCAAUGCCGCUGCCUCUGCCGCUACCAAUGCCGGCGCCUUCGACGCACAGCCACGCCCAUGGAUCAAUGCACACAACACCGCCCACAACGCCGCCCACGCCGCCAGCGCUGCCGCUGAACAUGAGCCAAGCGGCAACCACAACCGCAACCACAACGGCCACAACAGCCGCCGCUGCGGCGGCCGCGGUGGCGGUGGCGGCCACAACGACGCACAGUCCGCCUGCCACGCCCACAGCGGUUAGUGCCGCCCUGGGGGCUACACAGGAUCAUUAUAGUCUACGCUGGAACAACCAUCAGAAUCACAUAUUGCGCGCCUUCGACGCCCUGCUGCAGACCAAGACCCUCGUGGAUGUGACCCUCGUCUGCGCGGAGACCUCAAUACGGGCCCACAAAAUGGUUCUGUCCGCCUGCUCGCCCUUCUUCCAGCGCGUUUUCGCCGAGACGCCCUGCAAGCAUCCGGUGAUCGUGCUGAAGGACUUUCGCGGCUGGGUCGUUCAAGCCAUUGUGGACUUCAUGUACCGUGGCGAGAUCAGCGUGCCCCAGCAGCGCCUCCAGACGCUCAUCCAGGCCGGCGAGUCGUUGCAGGUGCGCGGCCUUGUCGAGAGCUCCGUGCCGGAGCACACGCCCACACCGGCUGCCUCGCCCGACGACUUCAACCUGUUGGACGCCUCCUCGCUGCUGUCCUCCAGCUACGAGGACGAGUCGCCCUCGAUGGUCAGGCCAGCGUCUGGCAAGCUGAUCAUGCCCAGCCGGCUCUAUGGGAAUCCGGCGAGCGCCAUGGCGGCGCUCAGUCUGCGCCGCAAGCGGGAACAAGAGUGCGAUCGGGAGCCGGAGAGCGAUCAGGAGCUGGGCGGCAGUUCACCCAUGCCGCGACGCAAGCAGGCUCGUCCACGGCGACGCUCGGGCGAUGUUCCACACGACUUUGCGCUCAACAAGCCGGAGACUACGGAGACGGCGGCGCUGCAAACUGUGAUCAAACAUGAGCUGCGGGAGGAGCAGGAGCCGGAACAGGAGCACAGCGAGAAGCGUUCCACAGCGGACGAGGCCAGUCCCAUGGAACAGGAUGAGCAACAGUCUCAGCAAACAAACGAGCCCGAAGAUGAAGUCGAGCAGCGAGAGCCGGGCGGGCACAGGGAGCCGCAGCAGGAGCACGCGUUACCCCUUAUCACGCCCGGCAGUAGCAUUCAGCAGGCGGAACAGGAGCUCGAUGAGGAAGAGGACGAGGAUCAGGAGCGGGAGCACGAGCACGAGCAGGAGGAGCAUGAGCAUGAGCACGAACACGAUCACGUUCACGAACAUGAUCAAGAUCCGGAUGAGGACGAGGACGAGGAGCAGGACAUAGAAGAGCUUAUACACACGACCAACGAGCUGCGGCGUCAGGCGGCAGUAGCCGCCGCCAAUGCAGCUGCCAUGUCGCCCUGUCCCAGCGACGGGCCCGAGGAUCUGUGCACCACCAAAAAGGACAAGCAGGACACCAGCCACGCGCACUCCUCGGAUGGCGAGAGCAACAACAACAACAACAACAACAAUAACAGCAGCAAGCUGCAGGACAACAACCAACGCAUCAUGUUGUCCCUGAAGGACAUCAGACAGCUGAACGCCAAGCCCAGCGCCACAUCGACGCCCAGCCACACGCCGAACAGCAGCUGCGCGCCGGGCAAUAAUGGCCUCUUGUCCUUCCCGCCGCCAGGUAUGCGUCCGCCCGGUCUGCCCGACAGCCCGCCCUGCCACAUGGAGGCGCUGGAAGCGCAAAUGCACGCCGCGGCCGCUGCCGCCGUAGCCGCAGCAGGCGCCGGUGAGAAUCCGUUUCAUCACAUGGAGCACCAAAUGGAAAUGUCGCUGGCCGCGGCCGCCGCAGCGGCAGCCAUGCACCAGCGUGAGCCACGCGAUCUCCGAGAGAGCCGGGAGCAGGCGCUGCAGCGGGAGCACAAUGCAUUCGCCAGCAAUCUGCUGGGGCCCAUGGGGCUGCCGCCCUUUGGAGGACACAACGGAGCGCCGGGUCCGGGCUGUCCGGGUCAGGCGCCGCACGAGCGGCUCGAGGAAAGCAUGAAUCGGCUGAGCAAGGAGUUUGGCAAGGAGUUCGGCAAGGAGUUUGGCAAGGAGUUUGGCAAAGACUUUGGCAAGGACUUUUGCAAGGAGUUCGCGCCCACUUCGCCCAUGAGCCUGCCUGGCCACUAUAAUCCACAGGACGGACAGCCGCAUCCGCCGUCGCCGCUGCCCUUUCCCGGCAUGUCCUCGGCGUUGACGCUAACGCCGCCGCACAUGUUUGGCCUGGACUCGCCGCUUGGCUUAUUUCCGCCCGGCAUUGAUCCUGGCAAACUCUACAAUCCGCUAAUGGAAAUGAGCGAUCCACGCGAUAUGCCCGGCGGACCGCCGCCGUUUCUCAAAAAGAAAACCGCAGUUACAGCGAGUCGUGAUCAGAUGUUUGGCAUGCCAAAAGCGAAAUGCCACAACAACGCUCGUAUCUGAGCCGAUCUUCGGGCAGCUCAUCUCGGAGCCCGGAGACUCCUACGACUCAUCCCGACCAUGACAAUCGCUGUUUAAAUUACAACAAUGUGAAACAGUAAAUAAAACUGUGCUAAAAAGCGCAAAUCUGGCGUAUAGCACGAUAUUCUUUAUUGCGAAUCUGGCAAACGGGUUUUGUACAGCAUUUUUUUUUUGGCCAGCUUUGAUAAGAAUCAAGCACUUGGCUCAAACCGGCAACAGUGCAUGGGCUAUGCCUCAGGCAGGGGGUAAGGGGAGCUAUCACAUUUCUAGGGCCUGUGCAUUCGUAGUAUUCGUGUGGGUGUGAUUAACUGAUUUGUUCACAUUCAUUUGUUCAUUUUUCGAUUGUUUUUUUCUUCGCUCCUCUCAACUCUCUCUCUUUCUCUCUCUCUCUGUCGCUGUCACUGUCUCUGUCUCUCUCUCUGCAGUCAGUCGCUUGUGUCGGAAAACGUGAUUUGCGAUUUGUAACAAAUUCAAAUUUCAUUUUGUCGGUUGCAAGGUGGGGCGUGGCGGGGUGUAGACACAAGCGGGAACCCAGCAAUAACAACGUCAACAACAACAACAGCUCGAGAGGCUCAACAAUUGCAUUUUUGCACUCGGAUUGUGCCUCUUGUUCUUGUUGCAUUUCAUUGGAAUAAGAGGUCAGACCUACGUUUUGACCCUUGUGCUUAUAUAUAAAUUGUGUCAACGGCAGAAACAACAAGCACAAAACAAAUAACAAUUGUGUUAUAUAAGAAAUUGUACUUAAAUGCGAUUAGAACCAACAGGCUGACUCUACUAAGCGCAAGGGUCCAACUACUUCAGGUACAAUUCAAGUUUUUUACUUAGAUGGAAAACAAUUUAAUUUUGGAAUAUGCAGAGAAUAUUUCAGUUUAUUUCUAGAACAUUUUUUUCAAUUCUUAUGAGGAUGAAUGAUUGAAUAUUUCGGAACUCGGCCAGCUUAAGUUCAAGUUGUUUUUGGAGCUAAGCAAUUAUU